GUAAAUUGUGUAUAUCAAAGAGUUAGAACCUGACCGCUGCGAAGGAAAACUUGGUAUCGUCGCUACCUUCGCUGUUAUUGAUAUACUUACCUAAUACUCGACGAUCACAUAGCUUGACAACCAACUUUCGCUGAAGUACCAGUUGAGCGCCCCCCGCGAGGGGGCUUGUUCCUCAGCGCUGAGCUCUCGCUGCACGCCAAAAUGCUGCGGCGCGUGGCACAAUCAUGCGCUACCAUGCUGUCAAAGCAGGGCGCGGGUGCGAUGGACAUGGCGCAGCCUAGCACAAGUGCCCCCAUGUUCAACCUAGCAAACGAGGCGCUCCAAGCGGCAGGAUCUGGACAUGGUCCUGCUGGCACGCUGCUGCAGUUCAUCCGCAGCAAAUACACCUAUAAGUUCAAGAAGGCGGCGCCGCUGCCAGGCCUAAUCUACUGGAAGCCCAGCACGCCGGGCACGCGGCACAAGAUUUCCAUCGACUAUGCCGGACUCGGGGUGUACACUGGGCCGCCACACCCUGAGCUGUCGGCGCACGUGGCCAAGACCGGCGGCCGCAACAACACCGGCCGCAUCACCACCCGCCAUCGCGGCGGCGGCGCGCCCAAGGUGGUGCGUGAUGUGGACUUUGACCGGCAGCGUGUGGAUGGGCUGCCCGGUGUGGUGCAGCGCCUAGAGGCCGACCCGGGCCGCUCGGGCUGGCUGGCGCUCGUCAAGUACUCGCCUGAGGGCCAGCUGCCCUUCUACCGCUACCACCUGGCGCCGGCGGACGUGAAGGCCGGCGAUGUGCUCAUGAGCGGCCACGGCGCUGCAAUCAAGCCCGGCAAUGUGCUGACGCUACGAGACGUGCCCAUUGGUGUGCCCAUCCACAACAUUGAGCUGGUGCCGGGUCGCGGUGGGCAGCUGGCGCGCGCGGCCUCCACCAGCGCUGUGGUCACCAGCAAGCAGGACACGCACGCAGUGGUGCGACUUCCUUCAAGCGAGACGCGGCUCAUCGACCUCAGCUGCCGCGCCACGGUGGGCCAGGUGAGCAACCACCUGCAGAGGUCCAUCAACCAUGGCAAGGCCGGCUCGCGGCGCAACCUGGGCUGGCGGCCGUCAGUGCGCGGUAUCGCCAUGAACCCCAUUGACCACCCGCACGGCGGCCGCACCAACGGCGGCCGGCCCAGCUGCACGCCGUGGGGCGUGUACACCAAGGGCAAGCGCACGCGUCGGCGCGAUGCCAGCUCCAAUAAGUUCAUCAUCACUCGCGCUGGCGGGCAGCCCAUUGAGAAGUUCGUGCAGGCCAAGAAGUGGCGCGCACGUGCAAAGCUGGAGGCAAAGCAGCGGGCGGCAGCGGGCGGCGGCGGCAAGCGGUCCUAGGAGCGCAGCGGCGGCACACCGAAUAUGAGCGUUGACGUUCUGAAGGCGGGAUGCUGUUGGCGGGGCUGAAGAGCACGAGACAGCUGGGAGCUUGUAUCUCAUCAUAGAGUCUGCUGCCGGUUGCCCGCGUGGGCUGUACUAUGAGGACACGCAGGCGUGCAGACGGUGUCGGUGGUGGGUGGGCAGGAAAGCAGCACGAUGGCACGUUCGCGGUUGGGUCAGUGCCCUGGAGUCCAGGCAUUGAGGGCGGCCUGAAGUUGCAACGUGUAAACUUUGUGCAUU